UUGAAUUUUCUAAGGGCGCCUUUAAGCGCUCGUGUAUUUAGCGCCAGUCAGUUCACUUUCUAAAAAUGUAUUUUGCGAUACACACCACACGAUAACGUUCCACAAUUAAACCAGCGUACAACGUAGCUGCAUACGUUAACUGCAUUCAACCGUUCAUAGUGAUAUGAUCGCUUCUUACACAGUGGCCACAUUAGGGAGUCGCAUCGUCUAUUGCCUCAUUUUACCGAGUCAGUUCGCAGAGUAGACAACAUCGCUCAUAUGUAUAGAAAUGAUUCUCUUUUAACUUUUGUGAAAUUCUUCGCUUUCGUAGCAACGAUAGAACAUCAUCUGCUUUAUUGAGAUCUUGUAUCAUUGACCAUUGAUAUUGGAUUUUCAAAAGCUGUACUAACAGCUGAAAUAAACAUGGGCAAGAUUAAGAACUUCUGUAUAUGUUUUGACGAUGAAAAGGAAGUGUAUUACGCAGGAGAUGUCGUGUCAGGCCAUGUGAUGCUAGAGCUUUCUGAACCUAAAUCUCUAAUAGCUAUCCGAAUGAUAUUCACUGGACGAUCAUCCGUGUCAUGGAAGGAGAUAGAACCAAGAGGGAAAUCAAAAGAGCUCAUCUAUUACGCGUCCGGUGAGGAGUACUUCAACGAAGGUUUGACCAUAUUUGGAAGCGAUGUAUCGGAUAUUGAUGGCGAGGGCAAGGAAGAAGUGUUAUCACUCUCUGAGGGAUGUCACAUAUUCACAUUCAAGUUUACACUCCCGAGUAAACCACUAGCCUGUUCUUUCGAAGGCGAUCUUGGUAAUGUUAGGUACACAGUUCGCGCGAUUAUUUCACGCCCUUGGAAGUUUGAUCACGUAACAAAACGCGCUUUUACUGUUACAGGACCGCCAUUUUUUCUGAGUCGAGUUCCAAAAGCAUUAACUCCUUUAACAGUUGAAGAUGAGAAGACUGUUUGUUGUUUAUGUUGUGCGACUGGACCAAUCUCUAUUAGCGCCGCCACCGACAAACGGGCAUAUCUUCCGGGAGAGUUUAUCUACGUGUCAGCCUCAUUGGAAAACAUGAGCAGCAGAAGUAUUAUUAGUCUUGAAGCGGAGCUUAUUCAGUCAGUUAACUACUUAGCCCUCAGACAAGGGGUUGGAACGCCACACAAGAGAACUACGUCACAUGUCGUCUCCAGCAUCAAGGAUAAUGGUUGCGAUGCGCACUGUUCCGCCACGUGGAAUCGGGCCAAACUGCCGAUACCGCCACUUCCACCUUGCUCACUUGAAGGUGCAACGUUUAUAGAUAUUAGAUAUUUCAUAAAGUUUACGGUAGACGUGAACAACACGCCGUUUGAUAUCGACUUGGUGCUGGAGCUCUACAUCGGCAAUGUUCCCAUCGAUGAACCACAACGGCCAGGACCUUCCACAUCAUACCAGGUACAUAAUGCAUCAAUGUUUCGAACAGCCGAGCAGGAAAGCAAAGAGAUCCGUGACGAAGAGGACAACGAAUUUACCUUCGGCCAUCUUCAGUUCACACCUAAGUACCUAUACUUCGGUAAAGUCCGGCAGCAGACGGACUUCACCGACAUACAACUAUUAGAUACGAAAUGAUUGCAGAUUGUGUUUUAGGGCAAUAUAAUUGCGUUCACCGAUGUGGGUAUCCUAGAAUUUAUAAAAAAUUAUAUCAUAACUGGAAAAAAAACUGAAAAAAUUGAUAUAUUAUGAUUUUACUGCAAUUUAUGCCCAAAAAAAUAAAAUCGAGUAUGAAGGAAGAGAAUUUGAAGUUUAAUAUAUCAUCGAAUGUUGCUUCUUAGCUCAACAGCCGUGAUCAAGAUCAUGAAAACAGUGUGCCCUACUUAUACUGUACAACCUAUGGGA